GUUUUCUUUUCUACAUAUUAGGGGCCGUUGGUUAGAGAAAACCUGAGCUGCACCCCAUCAGGGGCUGUUGCAUUAUUUUAAGGCAAACAUGGAGUUUGAUGAUGUCGCCAUUUACUUCUCUGAGUUGGAGUGGUGCUACCUGUCUAUGGCGCAGAAGGCACUGUAUAAGGAAGUGAUGAUGGAGAAUUACUGCACACUAAGGUCUUUGGGACUUGUCAGCACAACACCUUCACUUGUCUGCAGUAUAGAGUGUGGGCAGGAGCCAUACGUGAAGGAGCUAAAGAAUGAGCAGGAGGAACCUCAUUUGAGCACCAGCAAGGAUGAACUACUGCACUUGAAUAUGGGUGAUAGACCAUGUAAUGCAGCAAUGUGCAAGAAGAAAUGCAGCAAAGAAAAAUCACAAGUAAAUCUCACUAAAACGCACACAAAAGAAGACAAUCACGCUAAAAAGAAAGUGUUUGAAUGUUCUUAUUGUGAUCAAACACGUUAUUCAUUAAAAGCCCUUCGUAACCAUGAGAGAGUCCAUAAGGUCAAGAAAAAGAGUGCAUCAUGCUCUGAAUGUGGGAAAUCGUUCUCUAAACCAAAUUAUCUUAAGAUCCAUAUGAAAAUUCACACUGCAGAAAAACCGUUUUCUUGUGCCGUGUGCGGGAGAACUUUUUUAUGGAAAGCUGGUUUUGAUAAUCAUCAGCGAACUCAUACAGAUAAAAAACCAUCUGUACCUUGCCUGGAGUGUGGGAAAUGUUUUUUUACCAGACCUCACAUGUUAAGGCAUCUGGAAACUCAUAUAGGUGACAAACGAUUUGCUUGUUCUGAAUGUGGGAAACAUUUUCUUAGAAAGGAAAACCUGUUACAGCACUACUUAUUUCACACUGGAGAAAGACCCUUUAACUGUUCUACGUGUGGCAAAAGUUUUAACAAUCGCUCACAUAUGGUCGCCCAUCAGAGAGGUCACACAUCAGAGAAACAAACGUACACAUGCCCUGAAUGUGGAUUGGUUUGUUCCGGCAAACCAAACCUUAUUGUCCAUAUGAGAAUUCACACCGGGGAAAGGCCUUAUUCGUGCUCAGACUGCGGCAAAUCCUUCCGCCAGCUGCAACAAUAUAAAGUACAUCAGAGAACUCACACCGGAGAGAAGCCUCAUGCAUGUUCUCUUUGCGGGAGAUGUUUUAGCCGACAACAUCAUGUUGUAAGGCAUAUGAAGACUAAACACAAGAACGAUUAGCCCAAUCAUAAAGAUGCCGAUUUCAUUGUGGUGCGAGCCAGAGUAAUUCAUAUAAUAUUGUGUAUCACAUUAAUCACAAUCUAUCUUCUGAAUCAAAGAGAUUUCCAGCUGGAGCACAGUGUUGCACCAUAUGGUAGUCACUCAUUGGGCAUUUGUGGAAUAUUCAUUGCUCUAUGAUAUUCUAUGAGCAACUUUUCUUGUUUUAUAUUUGCUAACACACAAAUGAAUACAACUUGUUUUAUAUUCGCUAAUAUACACAAAUGAAUACAACUUGUUUUAUAUUCGCUAAUAUACACAAAUGAAUACAACUUGUUUUAUAUUCGCUAAUACACACAAAUGAAUACAACUUUUCUUGUUUUAUAUACGCUAACAGACACAAAUGAAUACAACUUUUCUUGUUUUAUAUUAGCUAAUACGCACAAAUGAAUACAACUUGUUUUAUAUUAGCUAAUUCACACAAAUGAAUACAACUUUUCUUGUUUUAUAUUAGCUAAUACACACAAAUGAAUACAACUUUUCUUGUUUUAUAUUCGCUAACACACACAAAUGAAUACAACUUUUCUUGUUUUAUAUUCGCUAACAGACACAAAUGAAUACAACUUGUUUUAUAUUCGCUAACACACACAAAUGAAUACAACUUGUUUUAUAUUCGCUAACACACACAAAUGAAUACGUUUCUUGUUUUAUAUUCGCUAACACACACAAAUGAAUACAACUUUUCAAGUGUAUUUGUACUAGUACAUUUUAUAGUUAACUAAUUGCUGAUUUAUCCCAGUGUGUUUGUUGUUUGAUACCCUAAUACGGCAGGUUCACAGUUGUCUGCUGAGGAUCAGGGUAUGCAAGAUAUUGCCUCUCCUUUGGUUGUUGCUAAGAAUAAACCACUCUUUGCACUGGAGAUAUAGGUCAAUGAGUUAUAAAACUGGGCCAGUAAAAAAGAAGAUGAACCUACAUAUAGAUUACAAUUAGUGGCGGGUUUUAUUAGUGACCGUUAUAAGCCAGAAGAGAUGAUUCCGAGUAAGACAGUAGGUAGAGUUUAGCCUUAUUAUAGUAAAAAACACAUGAAUGGACAGCAAGACCAUUACUAUGAAUUCUAUCACACACACACUUCAUAGAAAUAAAAUGACUUGCAGACCAAAGCCCUACUGUGUUUCUCACCGCUUAUACUGUUUGUUUUUUAGUGAAACAUAUUUAUCUCAGAGCAUCAGUUCUCAAACUAUGCAGUAUUUACUUUAUAUGAGCAUAAGUGCCAGACCUACUUUACUAUGAUUGUUAUUGUUUUCACCUUGAUUUAUUUUAUAUGGUGUCUGCUUUAAAGGUCAAAAAUAAAAUGAGUUCUUUCUUAA